AUUCCAUAUCCUUAUGUCACUCUCACAUUCCUGUUUGUUGCACUACAGAGAGGAAGACAACUGAAUGCUGAGUGAAGCUUCCAAGUAAUGGGUUUCAGUAUUUCAGAGGGGGUUCAAGAGGAGAAGUUAGCUGUCCAGUGUUUCCUGAGAAACUAAUAUUUUGGGGUUGGUGAUUAAGCAAGGAAAGAAGUAAAGAAAAACACUUUUAAGCAUACGGGAGUCAUCUUUGGUCUCUGGGAUUCCAUAUUUCACAUCUUACAUCAUAAAGACUAAAUUGUCCAAGAUGAUGUUAGCUACCCUUCUAAUUAUGGUGCUAUUUUUUUUAAAUCAAGUCACCCUUGAGAAAGUCACCAGAGAAAAUGAAGACCAUCAGGAAGAAAAUGGAUUUCAACAGGAAAUUGCUAGGAGGAAAGCUCAAUACAAGUCUGCCUGGAGGAAGGCACAAUUAUAUGCUGAUUGGAGGAAAGAAGAGUUCCAGGCUGUAAAUGUGACCCUGGAUGAAGACACUGCCCAUCCUUCCCUUCUCCUGUCUGAAAACAGGAGACAAGUGACCUGGCAAAAAAGUCAUCAAGAUCUAUCCAGCUCCACCCAGAGAUUUGACUCCCUCCCCUGCGUGUUGGGUCAGCAGCACAUCAGCUCUGGGAGAUCCUUCUGGGAGGUUAAGGUUAAGGAUGCACCUUCUUGGGACCUGGGAAUUUGUCUCAAUAAUGUAACAAGGAAGGGGAUGGUCAAUGUGUCUCCACAGUAUGGUUUCUGGGCCAUCAGAUUAUAUAAUAGAGAGUACUGGGCCCUCACCUCCCCAGAAACCUGUCUCACUAUAAGAGAAACACCCCAUAGUGUGGGGAUAUUCCUGGAUUAUGAAGAUGGAGAUGUAUCUUUCUAUAAUAUGACAGAUGGAUCCCAUAUUUUCUCCUUUACUAACAACACAUUUAAUGGUGCCCUAAGACCACUUUUCAGGCUUUGGUCCUUUGCUGCAGGCUCCCUAACCAUCUGUCCAAUAGAAGAAGAGAAUGGUGCUGUAAUUAACAUAACUGAAGAGGAGAAAUGAUUAUUUUGGGCCUCACUGAUUAUUAUAAUUCUCCCCUAAGGAGAUGCAAAUUAUUUUUUCCUUCUUCUUACAAGUCAUUCUUAAGAUGAUGCUCUGAGACAAAAACUGAUGAUUGUUCCUCAUAUCAGUUUUCCCUUCUUCCUUAAUUAUAAUGUUUUCAUACUAUUACCCUGUCCUAUGACAGCCUCAUAUAAACAUUAGAUUUCUUAGCUUCCCCUGUUGCAUGUGACUAGUUGAUGGCCAGUGUGUUAUAAACUGAAUUAUUCUGUGUGAUUCCUGGAAUGUGUCCUAAAAGAGAAAUUGUAUCCUUCAUUUUUUUUCUUUACCUUUUCUGCUGGCCGAAUGUGUCAUAGUGAAUGGAACUGAAAGAACAUCUCCGACUA